AUGUUAGAUAAAAGAAGCUUUCUAUUCAAAUUUGUAUCAAGUAAUUCUGCUAACAAUGUGUUCGCGCAUAAGCAACUAUCAUUCCGUUCUUUGUGUAAUUGGUGGGAUCAUUAUUCAAUGUACUUACGGGUACUUUUAUACAAUCGCGGAGGAAUCACCUUGAGUUAUUACACACUGAAAUUGGGAUUCAUUCCAUUACUGAUUACUUAUGGUGUAAUGCAGGGUUUCGGGUUUGGAUUCGGUUAUUCAGCCACUAUAGCUGCAUCAAUUGCAUGGUUUCAAAACAAUCGAGGUUUAAUUGUUGGCCUAAUUGUUGGUGGUUUCGGGGCUGGUCCCAUCAUCUUUACAUCGAUUCAAACAAUAUACAUUAAUCCAAAUAAUAUCAAGACAGAUGACAAAACAAAGCGAUUUGUAGAUGCUGAUCUACUUAACCGUGUUCCUUCUGUGUUUCUACUUAUUGGUGGUGUUUUGUUAGUUAUACAGUUAACCGGGUUAUAUUUGAUGAGAGAUAAACAAAAGAAGGCGAUUGUUCUGUUAACGAAUCACGACUUCAAGGAUCCAGAUAAGUCACAUGAAUUUCCACCUGUUAUAAAUUCAGUAAAUUUACGACCUUUGGAAUUAUUGAAACAGAAAGAAUUUUAUUUUUUAUGGAUCAUUAUAUUUUGUGCUGGAAUGCCUUUGACAUCGUUGGCAACACUUUUCAAGCUUUUUGGUAAAACUCAUAUUAACGAUGACAGAUUUCUUGCUAUUAUGGGUGUCGUUGCGGCUGUAUUUAAUUCCGUCGGACGUGCUUUCUGGGGUGCUAUCAGUGAUCGUAUUUCGUUCAAGGUUCCAUUGUGCAUCAUAUUUUUAUGCUGGUCACUUUUACUAACUUCAUUCCCACAUUUACCGUUGAUAUUUGGACCUCAAAUCAAAGUUGGUUUUGGUAUUUGGUUAUGUGGUCUCUAUUUAUUAAUUAGUGGUGUGCUUGUCUAUGCACCAACUGCUACAGAAACCUUAUUUGGACCAAUUAAUAUGGCUGUAAACUACGGAUUAGUUUUCAAUGCAUUUGUAUUCGGUGGUCUAUUCGUUUCGCUAUUGUCCAUCCUAAUUCCACAGUUUCAUGAAUGGAAUAACCUAUUUUAUCUAUGUGCUGCAAUGUGUAUUUUAGAAUAAGGUGACCAGACAAAUAGAAUACGUCUUACAACGAGAUAAUCGCUAAUACUUUGGCUGAUCCAACGCACAAAUAUUGACCGAUCUCCCUCUUCUCAUGUUUGUUACAGCUAUUAUGUCUUUACUGCAAUCUAAAGUCUGAUGUCAACUUCCAAAUUCAGUUGUUGAUUGGCAGCCAUCAACGGAAGCGUGACUGACCCUCAGAACGACGAUAUUUAUCUACCCUUUUUCACCUGUAUUACUAAUAGCUGACCCAUUAAUCUCACUGUCACCUACCACUUCUUUUUUUCUGUUUCAUUCAUGUUUAUUACUCACCACCUCUCAACAUUACCAUAUAUACGCUUCAGGACUCAAUUAGGAAGUUUUGCGCUCGUUUAUUAUUAAGACCAAGAGAAGUGUUUCUGUGAUUCUAAGUUUAGAGUUCUCCAUUGCAAUCCGCUGGUUUUCAUUCCUUCAUUUCAAA